ACAAAAAAAAAAUGAAAAUUAGGGAAUUAGUUGAAGAACAGAAGAAAAGAGGAGAGAGAGAAUCUGGAAAUUGGGGUAUUAAUUAUAGAACAUAAGAAGAUGGAACUCAAAAACUAAAAAAGGGAUAAUCAGGGAAAUUAAUCGAAGAACGGAAGAAAAGAAGGGAGGGAGGAGAGAGAACGUGAUGUUGAAUUAAAAAAAAUAAAAUAAAUUAUGGUGUGACCAACUACAUAUGAAAAUUUGUUAUAACCAAUUCUAUCCCCUUGCGAAAAUAAAACAGUUUUGAAAUGGGGGCUUCCUCCCCAAAAACAAAGGAAGAAAAAAAAAAAAGUUUAGAAACAACGAUGCAGCAGCUCUCAGUGACUAGAGACUGCAAUGUCCGACCUCUAUUUUCACCAUCCACCGUAACUCCACCACUUUCUGCUGCAACUUCUUCCCAUCUAUAUAAUUCAAUCAACCCCACCUUCUUCUACACUACAAAAACAUCAGUUGCAGCAGCAGCAAAAAGGUGUUGUUCAAAAGGGUUUGUUCCGGUUGUUUCCGCCGUCAAUGCCGCAUCAUCCGAAGGAGGAGGAAGGGAAAGAUUGAGCUCUAAAUCGCCUGCGAAGGCGCUUCGACGAUUGCUCAAUUCUGCUGGCCUUCAUCAAGGCCCCGCCUGCUUCGAUGCUCUGAGUGCUAAGCUAGUACAGGAUGCCGGGUUUGAUUUUUGUUUUACUAGUGGAUUUUCAAUGUCAGCUGCUAGAUUGGGAUUGCCUGAUGUUGGCCUUAUAUCCUAUGGAGAAAUGGUGGAUCAAGGGCAAAAAAUAACAGAAGCUGUGUCAAUACCUGUGAUUGGUGAUGGUGAUAAUGGAUAUGGGAAUGCAAUGAAUGUGAAGAGAACUGUGAAAGGAUACAUCAAGGCUGGCUUUGCAGGAAUCAUCCUGGAAGACCAAGUGUCUCCUAAAGCUUGUGGUCAUACACAAGGCAGGAAAGUCACCUCCAUAGAUGAAGCAGUAAUGCAGAUAAAAGCAGCUAUAGAUGCUCGAAGAGAAAGUGGUUCAGAUAUUGUCAUUGUGGCAAGGACUGAUUCUCGUCAAGCUGUGUCCUUUGAAGAAUCAUUGCGGAGAUCGCAGGCCUUUGCUGAUGCUGGAGCUGAUGUUCUGUUUAUAGAUGCACUAGCUUCAAGAGAUGAGAUGAAGGCCUUCUGUGAAAUAUCUCCUUCAGUUCCUAAAAUGGCCAACAUGCUUGAAGGAGGAGGGAAAACACCUAUUCUCACUCCUAUGGAACUUGAAGAUAUUGGAUACAAAAUUGUUGCUUACCCACUUUCUUUGAUAGGGGUCUCUAUCCAAGCAAUGCAGGAUGCCCUAAAGGCCAUCCGAAGAGGCCAUAUUCCUUCCCCAGGAAGUAUGCCUUCUUUUGAGGAAAUCAAAGAUAUUUUAGGUUUUAAUGAUUAUUAUGAAGAGGAGAAGCGAUAUGCCUUAAUCAUGACUCCACCACCUUCGCGUCGAGCUGUUGAUAGUGGUUACAAACUCAUACAGAGUAAACAAGAUAGCUUGAAUGAGAGUGAACAAUCUCCGCAAGAUCAUCCCAUUGAAGUGAUAACACCUGAAGUCUAUACUGGUGCAGAUGGCUCAAGGGGAGCCUUUGGCAAUCUCUGGUCUCGAACAUUGAGAAUCAAAAUUACAGGAAGGGAUGGUAAAGAAAAACUCGAUGUCAAGGUUCCUGCUGGAUUCUUGGAUGGUAUCACAAAUAUAGUUCCAGCCUUGGUGGGUGUAAACCUCAAGGAACUUUUAGACAAUGCUGCUGAUGGGAUGCAAGGGACACUAUUAGAUUUUAAUGACACACUCGGAGAUAGGAUACAAGUCUUUUUGGAGUAGAUAAUGAUGUUUGUUGUGAGCAAUGUGCAAGAGGUAAAUACUUUAUUACUCCGUACAUAGUAUGAUAAACAUUGUUUUAGAAGCUAAUGUAAUACCAUAAUCUUUAAGCAGAUUUUGCAUGUAAACAUUGUUUAUGAAGUACUCGUAUUUGGAUAAAUUUAGCCCGAGAUGACUGUCCU